ACAACGAGCAAUCGGAAACGGAAACGGAAGUGACAGUGACAAAGGCUACACAUAGCACAGCGCAGAGCAAAUUAAACCGACCGAGAAAAAAGACAACAGAGAAAAGAACUACCUGAGCGCAGUGAAGUGUUUGUUUUUCGGCGUUAUCACCGGAUGCACGCGCUUUCAGCUGUGAUUGGAGUAGGGAUUGGGAUUGGGACUGGGAUCCACAGGAGGAGGCGGCGAGCCGGAGAGGCGUGUCACUAGCAGGUGGCGGCUGAGCCGGUUAAACCAGAGUCCGACGGCAAAAACCUCCUCUCGCUCCAAGCCCGAAAAGUUCAACGCAAAAACAAUAACAAAAGCGGGGCCAUAAUUAACCGCAAGCCGCCAAAGGGAAGUAAAAACAAAUAUCGAAAUCAAAACAGAAAAAACAUCAUAUACCCACACGAAGAGAGAGAGAGCGGUGCGGCAAUGCGGCCUAAACGCUUUGGCAAUUAUGCCGAAAUUGUUAACAAAAUACGAAAUGUAUCAAACUAAAUAAAAGGCGACAGCAGCAGGAAACCAAAGAAAUUACAAAGGAAUCCAGCUGAGAAACGAAGGGACUCGACUCAUUGGCAACGGCGACGACAGGUGGCAGGUGGCAGGUGGCAGGUGGUCGCCCGGGGGCCUUCGCAUUGAAUUAAUUUUCGUAUAGGCCAACACACAGCACAGCUCAAAGCCCAAAUACCCAAAGACCCGAAACCGAAUUGAAACCUCAAUAGAAACACAAAACGGAAGCACAGAAACAAAAACUCACUUAGGUUGCCAUCCAAAUCAACGGCUGUCAGACAAAAAGUUGCUUUUUGUUAUUGAUUUUUAUAAAGCCCAAGUAGCAGCGGCGGCAAACAAACACCGAAAAGCAAUGAGCAGCCAGGAAUAAUAACACAAAACCACAGAAGAACAGAAAAUACAAAUACAGCAAGUACAACAAAUAUAACACAAACACCAACAACAAAAAAAUAGAAACAAAAAGUGAACGCAAUGUGAAUAAUUCCCCAGUUGAACUGAGCACGAAACACAGAGCAAGAACUGUUGGAAUAUAUAUCCCGCUCCCUCACCAAACUUCCCCAAAGUAGCUCACUAUAUCGGAACGUUCAUCAAAUGCGAUUCGAUUCGAUGACGAUUCAAACAAGAGACACACUGAAGAGACGGACGCGCACACGGAGUCCCAGCCCCAGCCCCAGCUCCAGACCCAUACCCACACCCAGAGUUAGGAUCCAGCUACAGCUCGAGACCCAUAAAAAUGUGUUAUAAAAAUAUACACGCAUAAAUUCGCCUCCCCACCACAAGGACAUAAAUAUAUCAGAGCUGGAGGAAAUUUAAUGCAAAUGUCAUUGACAAAGUCAAUUAGCAGGAAAGCCAGGCACUAAACGAGCGGAAAUUGAAAUGGAAAUGGCAAUCGAACAGCUGCAGCGGCACAAUUGAGCAACAAUUCAACAUAUUUAAACAUUUAAAUACUUCAGAAAUUGAUUAAACAAAAGGAAGGAGGAGUGUGUGUGUGUGUGUGCGUGUUGGACUAAAGCAAGACUGAUUUUUAUGUUUAGUUAGAUUAUUUUUAAACAAAGCAGCAACAGCAACAGCAGCAGCAACUAUUUGACAAAGGCAAAAACCGCAACGAAACUGCAACAACGAAUUAGCCAAGCGGAAACCCUAGCAAAGAGGAAACGCCGCCGCCCACCCACUGGGAAAUAGGGAAACAGGAAAAUAUAUAGAGAAGCAGCCGCCGAAAGCAGCUGAGGAAACAACAAAGGCGAGCAGAUUCGGAUUCGUACGGAGGAAGCAUGUUUGUGUUCAUAGCCGUGCUGUUUGUUAACGCUUGCCUGGCGGGCACCAUUCCGGCUACGCCGGAGAACAUAACCGUCACCUUUCUGACGCCCACGGCGGUCCGUGUGUCGUGGCAGACGCAAAUCGAUCUAAAGGCACAUCCCAUCGAGAAGUACGUUGUGACGUACAAGCCAACGGAUGACAGGGUUGUACAGGACGUCGCCGGCAGCAGUGAGGCCAUUGUCCUGGAUCGCCUGCUGCCCAGCACACAGUACUCGCUCGUUGUGACGGCCAUCUGGCAGGGCAAAAAAUACCGCAGUCGGGGCCAGAUCAAAUUCAAAACGCUCGAUCUGCCCAAGAACACCUCGCAGCAGGACUUUCCGCCCGGUAUCUAUGGCAAUGGCAGCAAUGGCGUUCGCAACGGAACCGGAAAUGCCAGCAUCUUUGGUGAUGAUGUGACCUCCACGGCCACAAACACACUGACUCAUGGCACCACCAGGGAACUGCCCACAAUCCGCGGCGUGGAAAUCGGCAUUGUCCUGAUCGUGCUGAUGGUUUGGGCCGGUGCCAUUGCCCUGUUCUUCAAUCGCUGGGGCAAGAUCCGGAUGCUGCUGCCCUAUCAGCCAGACUACAAGCAUGAGCAGCUCAAGGUUCCAGGCACAGGAGUGUGCAGCGCCGGCGGAUGCAAUGGCCAGCAUUCACACCAGGUUCAACACCAUUUCCUUUUAAAUCUGUGCACAACCGUGAGUGCGGCUUCCAGCCAUGGACAUGGCCAUAGUCAUGGCACGCCGGUGAAUACCUAUGUGCGCGGUCCCAGUGUGGACAACCAGUCCAUUGUGGGUGCCAAUGUGCUGGAGAAUGUGGACAGUCUGGAGGUGGGCAACGAGGACAUCGAGUUGGAGGCUGCGGAUGAGGCACUGGACAAGGACCUGGAGGACCAACAGCUGCUGCAGCGGGAGAGAGAGCCCGUCCAGCGCAUUUUGCCCCUGCAGGCGGGUGCCCACAAGCAGCGCAAGUUCGCCCAGCAGCGCGGCAUCCUCAAGAACUCACAGGAGCGCACCUUUGUCGAGGAGGACGAGGUGCUGGAGGCCAAGAAGCAGCUAAUCCUGCGACGCCGCCGCCUCUUCAGCCACUACCGCCAGUAUGAUCAGUGGCGGAGGCGACAGUUUAGCUACGAUCCCAGUUACUUUCGCCCGCCUCCGUUAUUGCCUAGACCGCUGGCAUGCGCUGAUCACCAGCUGGGGGCCACCACCGAUGGCGCAUCUGGAGCAUCAUCCGUGGUCUCCGCAAGCGCCGGCCGGCGAAGACGCCAGUACCGCAGGCAGUACUCCUGCGCGGAUAGAUCACGGGAGGGAUCACGCGAGAGUCGCGGCUCCUCGACGCUGCAGUUGCAGCUGCAGAAGUACCACAGCAUGGUGGCCAGCGAUACCAUCCGCACCGAGUCCUCGGUGCUCAACCAUAGCAACUACAGCGAGCCGGCCAGCCACAUCCACAUGCUGGCCGAGGAGCACUCCACGUCCAUAUCGGAGCGAUGCACGCGCAGUCGGAUUAACUCGGCCAUCUUUGUGUCCUCGGAGGGGCGUGGCUUCGACUCGAUUGAGUUCCUUCGGCGCCAUGGAUCACAGAGCGUGCUCUGCCGGAAGGCCAAGAGUGCGGAGAAUAUCACGGACAAUGGACGGAGGAAGAGCCUGCGACCCUGGCGCACCGAUGACGACUCCUGCAAGCAGCAGCACCUCUCGCAGGACAGCAACGACAUCGAGCUAAAGGAGUGUGGCGGCACUGGAGGCGAGCUCCUGCGCCUGCCGGUCAUCCAUGAUGGCAAGCAGUCGCCAACGGCCGUAACCAGCCUCCUAGCCCGCUCGGCUGCCAUAACCACGGCCAAUGUGGUUGUGGGAAGCAUUUCGCUGGAGGCACCGCCACCCUACAUGCAGGACGAUGAGGGUGACACCCUGUCCACAGCUGCCCUGAUCCACAGCGAUGCUGCCGCUGUGGUUCACGAAUCGCAGGACUCGGCGGAAACAGUGGAGGAACUGGUGCAUGUGCCUCUCUUGGCCAGUGCAACGGCUACGGCCAGUGUGUCGACUUCCUCCUCACCCAGCAUUGCCAUCGAGGCAAAGCCCCGCGUACUGGUGCACCAGCGAUCCUCGACAGCCUCCUCGUCGCCGCACAGCAGUCCCAAGAAUCUGGGCAGCCUCGGGCUAAAGAUCGUCAAGCCGAAGAUCAGUGCCGUGCCAAUGGUUUCCGUCUCGGGCCCCUCGCCGCCCAUUGAGAAGCCGCCGCUGGCGGAGUGUUUGUAACAAAUGGCAGCCGAAACAUUUAUCUAAGCUCGCGCUCAAGGCAACUGGACCCUGGAUCCUGGACAGCCCUUAGAAACCACACACGCCCCAGACACAACCACAACCACAUCCGAAUCCUACUGGAAUAGUCGUAAAUCAAAUCGGAGAGACGGAGAAAGUAUGCCAGCUGCUCAAAUAAGUGUUUCGGUGAGAGGUUUUACUAGGGAAAAUAUGCAAACAAAAUCGAAAGAUAGCGAGGGGAGGAGAGUAGUUAUAGAAAUAAAAAGAUAUAUAUUGUACCAAUGGUAAGCACCAGGCAAAGAAAGCUUUGUAAGUAUAUUCAACAACGACUGAAGUAUACACAUAUGUACAUUAUAAACGGAAUCAAUGGUAGGCGGUAAUCUGUAGAACUUUUUAAGUCGAUAACUGUGUAUGUGUGUAUACAUACCUAUUAACUGAUAAAUCAGCUUUAACAACUAACGAGUAAACUAUCAGGCUUUAAUAUUACGACGACGAUGAAUUUCUGGUUUAACCUAGUCCGUAGACUCACCUAGCUGUUGAAAUCAAUUCUCCUUAAUUGUUCUCCUAUACAUAUAGCCAAAAAAUUAAACAAAACCAAUUAACUUCUUGGGCACCACAACUGUUAUACACGCGAUCUAUUUAGAUAUAUUAAAUAUAUACAUAUAUAUAUAUAUAUAUAUUUAUUUAUUUAUACACCCAUUAAACUCACUUGUGUGCGUAUUAGAUUCCCUGGAGGAUCAACAGGUGCCUACGACUGUUUUAGGCUUCGAAAUGAUUUGAAUCAUUCCCUUUGAGUCAAUUUUAUAUGAUUUAAAAUCAUGAUUAUUUGAUUCAAAUUUCUUCUGUUGAAAAAAAGAUUUUUUUAUAUAAACGAACCAAGUUAAUUAAACUUGAACUACGCCUAUUUGAUUUAAAUUAAAUUUGAUAUCAAACAAUUU